GGCUUCAUCCUGGGCCAGAUGUACUUCCGCCGAAGGAGGGUGGCCGCCAACGCCCUCUCGAUGCUGGGAGCCUCGCUGGGUUUCAUGGUGAUGCCGCCCCUCGUCAGGUUCCUCGCCAACACGUACGCCCACCAGGGCGCCCUCCUGCUGUGGUCGGCUAUCCUGCUGCACGGCUUCGUGGGCGCCGCUCUCUACCAGCCGGUCGAGUGGCACUUGAAGCCCAACCCUCUGGCCAACGUUCGCCUGGUCAAGGCCAGGCCGUGCCAGGAAGAGAGCCAUGUCGCUGAUGCUGACGAUGAAGAAGCAGAGGAUGGCAGUCAGGAUGACUCAUAUCCCAGCGAGAGUGGAGGUGAAUAUGAAGAGGGGGAUGAAGAAAGCCUUGAGCAAGGCGUCGCUCACGAUCACCCUGACCCCCAAAGACGCCGAGAAUCCGCCGCGUCCAAGGGGGAAGCGGAGGUGUUCCUCGGCAGACAGAGCAGUGAGAAGCCCCUGGGAGGAGGCAGACGCAGGCUCAGCAGUUGUACCAGAACCUCCGUUCGAAACAGUUUGUACAGUUCGUGUGACGUCAUCGACCAGUUCGGCGGCGCUCUCUCUGUCGAAACGGAAAGACUGAAAGAUGUGUAUGUUGAAGUUGUGGAAAUCGCUCAAGAGAAGCCGACAGAACCGCAGCCCAUUCUCCUGUGUGGGCUGAAGUUUCCUCGGUUUUCUGAUAUUCUGAAUUUUAGGAUAUUGUUCCACCCCAUGUUCCUCAUCUCGUCCAUAUCUAGCAUCGCUAACAGAAUGGUAUACAUGAACUUUGUCACAUACAUCCCGGCUUUGGGAGUAGACCUGGGCAUGCAGAACGAGGCGCCCUUCCUGCUCACCAUGAUCUCGGUGGCUGACCUCGUCGCCAAAGGAAUCAUGUCCCUCGUCAGCGACCGCGGGUGGUGCCAGCGCCGCUACUUCGCCAUCAGCGCCGGCGUCCUUGCUUCUGUGACGGCCUCGCUGGUGCCCCAAACGUGGAACUUCACAAGCCUUGCCUCCUGCUGCGCCCUCUACGGAUUCAGCCUGGGUGUGAUGGUGUCCGUGUCUCCCAUCCUGCUGGUGGAAUACCUCGGCCUCAAGCUUCUUCCUUACUCGUUCGGUCUCCUCCUCUUCAUGAAUGGAGUGGCAUCACUGGUCAUUUUCCCUCUUACUGGUUACAUCAACGAUAGAAUGGCUAACUACACAACAAUCUAUUACUUGCUGGGAGGCCUUUCGCUGAUGCCGUCCGUUCUGUGGAGUCUCGUGCCCUUCGUCAACCAAGACAAGAUCAGAAACCUUGUCUGAAGUCUUAUUAAUCAUAUUCCGUCCACUUUCAGGAAAGGAAAAACUGGGGACUCACCGUAGGCUCUGGACUGCUAGGAUUCGCCAAUGCGUACCAGAGUACUUAAAGUCCAGGUUUUUUUCCUUUUCUGAGACCGGACGGAGUAUAAAUCAAACGGAAGUUCAUUGUAUACAUACAAAUUCGUACGUUGCAAUAUAUGAAUAUCAAAAUAUGUGGUAUUACUAUAUUGUUUACAUGUCACCCACAGCAGGUGGCUCUCACGUGAUAAAAGGAUCUAGCUUCUUCGAAAGCCAUAGUUUCGAAGACAUAUGGAAGAAUAUGUGAACUACAUAGAGCAUGAAUAUGAUCUUCAUUAA